GACUUUGCGGUAGGAGUACGCUCACAAUUAUGAACAAAGUCAGCAACUUGCUGGGUUCGCAGCCACCCAUUUUUUUUGGCUCAUUAAGUGUGGAGACGCCAUGGGGCACGAUUCACAGGCAGCACAGAGUUUUCUUCAUCUUCUUGCCGUUGCGGCGGACGGCUCCCAUGAGCCGCAGACCUUUCGCCUGCGAUGGGAUCAGCCGUUGAGGCGUUUCGCGCGCGCCUACGCGGUCUUCAGAGAGCUUAGCGCAGAGUCCGAGUCCACCUUGCGCUUGUCUACGCCGGAACACCCCGAGUUGGACUUAGAUGCGACAGCCAGCACAUAUGCCUUUUGUGACGGACAAGAGGUAUUAUUUACUGCGGGCGCGGAGGUGUCCCUGUCGCCCACCGCAUCGCAACGUGCGCAGAAAACGCAGCCAUCCCAGGGAGGAAUGAAAAGACCAGCAGGUGCUUCUCAGAAGAGCGACGGAAAAGCGGCCACGGCCGCGUCCCAGUCCAUGGUCUUGGCGUCGCAAAAGGUGGCGAAGGCCAAAGCCAAAGGAAAGGCCAAAGCAAAGGCUUCUGCCAAAGCCAAGGCCAAGGCAAAAGCCAAAGCAAAGGCCAAGGCCAAGGCGAAGACGCAAGUGACUCUGUUGAAGGCCAAGCCCAAGGUCAAGGCCAAGUCGAAAGCAGCACCAAAAGGUGCCACCAGCAAGGUUUCUUCGGCCGCUUUGGUGAAGGCAGAGGUCGUGGAGCCUGAAGACGGCGAGGUCUUGCCAGGCCAGAAGAUUGGGGAGCCACGGGUGCCUCGGGGUCGCACUCAGGCUACAACCGUCUCCUUUGGACCUGCGAAGGGCUGGCGCGUGAUUGCUUGGUUAAAAGAGGUGAACAGCACGAAACCACAGGCUCACAGCUCAAUGAUUUGCUGGAAGAUCUUGUCUCCUCAAAGAACUCGAGCCUUCAGUUCCUUUCAGUACUUGAAGAAAGCUGUGGGCGAAGGAGUGUACACUCAGAUUUUCACCGCUGUGCGGCCAAACCUUCUCAGCCGCAUUCGCGAGAAGAGGAACGAGUUGGAAGGUGCUGCGCCGAAGAGGAAGCGCCCGGCCAACACCAGCAGAUUGCCUCCUCCAGAGCCGCUUCCUGCGUCUGCUGCUUCGGCACCAGCACCACGGGUGUCCCGAGAAGCGUGUCUUGCUGCCACACAGGUCUUCGAGCCAGAAGCCGCGAUUGAAGAAGGACUGCCAUGGAAGACUGGCUGCUAUCAUCGUCUCCGAAGGCAUGAAAAAUGCAUUUAUGGAGGACGUGUCCAGCCACAGGUCAUCUACGUCUCAGAUCGGCUUCUGAUCGGCCGUGGGGAUGCUUGUGAUGUUCGGCUUGAUUCCAUGCUGACGCCACAGAUGAUCUCGCGUUCACAUGCCUUGGCAUGUCUUUACGGCGAUGAAUGCUUUAUUGAGGACCAAGGCUCCAUGAAUGGCGUGCACAUCAACGGAUCGCGGGUCAGUGGGAAGCAGGCGUUGAACCCGGGAGACUUGGUGACCUUUGGUGUCCCUUCUGCACAAGCUGAGUUCGACUACAUCUUUGAGACCCGCGCACGGGAGUGAGACAGCUCCAGAUGUUAGGAUUCAACCGGCUCUUCCAAGUCGAAUGGACAUUUCGCAGG